UAAUCCGUAUCAUCUUUUCAGUGAGUACAAUUAAAAAGGAAAAAAGUGAGAUUCUGAGAUUGCAUUUUUAUACAUAAACUAUUGAAUUAUAUUUUCGCGCGAAACGUUUUGCGCGUAAUUUUUAUGCUUAAUUUGUCGCAUUAACAAAUUUGAAAAUUAGAACAACUUAGCUAGCAAUGUAGUUAUAAUUAAAAUACAGAAUGGUAAUUUUAAAAUAACUGCCCCGAAGACCUCUUUUCUAAAAAAUUUAAUAAACCCUGGGUUGUUAAUCGCAGCGUAACGGUAAUUAACGAAUUGUAUUUUACGUUGUAUUUUUAUUUUAGAAGAAUCGACCACAUAUGAAUUUGAAAAACAAACAAGAAAUAGACAUUAAACGAGGAAUUAAAAAGAUGAGGCGAUAUAUAAAAGAUGGCCGAGUAAGCAAGUUGGAAAAAAUAGCGAAAAAGUUUAAAAAUGCAGGUUCACAAGACGACUUUGUAAAAGAAAUGAACUCAAUUAAACAUAAGAAAAAUUAUUUACACAAGUGUUGUGUAAAGGGAGAUGUAUAUAUGAUGGAGACAUUAAUAAAACUGGGUGCUGACGUCAGCAUUUGUGAUCACAACAACAACAACAUUCUACACCUCGCUUUAAACUAUAUUCUAGAAAAUCUGGACAGAAACUUUCUCGGUUAUGUCUUCGACCUUUUGAAACUGUCUUCAAAUGAAAUGCUUCGACAGAAAAACACAUACGGUGAAACCCCUGAGGAACUACUCGCCGAAACCAUAAAAAUAUUAGAAGACAAACAGAAUGCAUAUCUAAUUGAAAGUGAAAGCGAAAGCGAUAUAGGCGAUGAUUCUUGGAAUGAAAGAUUAUUCUUCGAAAUGGGUCAGGAUGAAAAAUUUUCGAAUGAGACUUAUGCUCAAGACGAAUUCAACGACACGAAUCUGAAGCGGAAAGAAGAAACUUUUUCAGAAUGGGGUGAUAAAAUGAGGGAAAGCUAUCAUCGAAAGAACUCCCGACAUUAUGUCAAUGAAAAUGAAAGAAAGAAAAAAGCAGAAACUGCGCACGAGGACAACCAUCCUGAUACAAGCUUGGUUGACGAAUUAAAAAAGAAAUUCAGAAUAAUAGAGCUAAGAGAAAGAUACGAAACUGAAUGCGCGCGUAUUUUUAAUCAUAGUGAAAAUACAGAUCUACUUUGCUUUGGCGACAUACCAUGGCCAGAGACUAUGACUAAUAAAGUUAAAGCUAAAACGUUUUUAAAGUACAUAGAUGAUAUGAUUGACACUCUAGUACAUGGCCUUACUGACGAAGAUAAAUUAAAAUAUUUAAAGAAGCAACAAAUAAGAUGGCACCCUGAUAGAUUUUUACACAGGUGUGGACAUAGACUUAAUGAACGUGAUCGAAGCCAAAUCUUAGAUGCAGUAAAUGCUUUCUCGCAGAAAAUAAAUUCUACUAUAGAAACUUUAAAAUAAAAGUUGUAAAUUCUUUCUCCAUGAUAUUUUCAAAUCUUA